GGCUUUCUCGAGUUGUACACUAAUGAAAGCUACUCGGACCGAGACCAAGCGUUCAACGCUGGCAUCUUCGAGGGUUAUGCAACGGCGGACAGGGCGAUCAUGCACUAUGACAAUUUGUGGAAGCAUUACUGCGCUCAUCAAGCCGACGGCUGUGUCAAACUGUUCCUGUUUAUUGGCGCUACGCUAAACUACAUGCAGCAGCAGGUCACGGAGCUUGCCGUCAAGGACCCCUACUGGCACCAGAUUUCUAAACCUCGAUGGUGAAGUGGACGACAUAGAAGCCAGCCUUCGUCCAGUGGCUACAUCAGGCGUCCACGACGAUGAGCCGGUGGCCGGUCGGCGUGCCGACUCGGUGCUAGUGAAGCUGCUGCCAGGAAACAAGGACCUCCUGCUGUCGCAUGUGAGAGGUGGCCCGUACGCCGGCAUGACCAAGAUCCUAAAGAAGUACUCACUUAACCUGCACACCGCAGCUAAAUCUAAGAAGAAAAUUUCGGGCAGUGUUCAUGCAACAUCAUCUAGCCCUGGAAUGCUCACAUCAGGGGAUGACUUCUACCUCCUUUCAAAUGGACUAGCACUCAUGUCCACGGGUAUCGAGGUCCACAACAACUCACUGUACCGCUUCAUCACACCAGACAGCGUUUUCGAGUUCGUGCGUGCCACUGUCGCUAACCGCCUAGCGACGUCGGCGACGGACUGGAUCGACAUUUAUAGCAAGAACCCCAGCGGAACAAACAGCAAACAAUGGAUGAUCAUUGAAUAUAACAAGUUUAAACCGGGACAACAAAUACCGGAUGGACUGCUGUGGAUCUUGGAAUGUCUGCCUGGCUUCUUACACAAGGAGGACGUGACUGCUGUGCUCCGGAAGCAGACCUAUUGGGCGAGCUACAACAUCCCGUACUCUCCCUUGAUGUUCCAACUGAGUGGUGCACCGUUCAACGUGCAGAAGUAUGGCGACUGGUUCACUUACGACAAGCACCCGAGGGCGCAAAUACUUAAGCGGGACCACAUAAAAGUUGUCGACACAGACUCCAUGGUCAAGUUGAUGAGGUAUAACGGCUUCAAGAGUGACCCGCUCUCCAAAUGUGUCUGCAUUCCUCCGUUUAGUGCUACCAAUGGCAUAUCAGGUCGGAGUGACCUCAAUAUUAUGACGGGCCAUUACGCUUUUCCUGCUCUCGGGCCGGCAUCCAGAGGAGGCGUAGACAUGAAGAUGACAAAUACGUCGCUUGCCAUUGGACUUCGGUUCGUUUCUGUGGCUGGGCCGACGCACGACCAGCAGCCGCCGUUCCGCUGGUCUACAUCCGGAUUCCACGACCCCCAUGAUGGUCAGCCCGACCUAUGGAAUUUCACGCCAUUCGUCUGCACCUGGGAAAAAGGCCACUGUCAGCCAUAA